AUGGCCUCAAGACUUCUCCUGGUGCUCACCCUCUGGGUGGGCUGCUCACCCUGCAGCGGGAGAGAAGCAGCUCCCACCCAGCCCAGGGUGCGGUGCCGGGCCUCUAGGUACCCAAUUGCCGUGGAUUGCUCCUGGACCCUGCUGCCCACUGCACACUCCGCCAAGCCCACGUCCUUCAUUGCCUCGUACAGGCUCGGUGUGGCUGCCCAUGGGGAGAGCCGACCCUGCCUCCAGCUGACCCCUGAGGCCACCAGCUGCACCAUCCCAGACGUCCAGCUGUUCUCCAUGGUGCCUUAUAUACUCAACGUCACAGCGGUCCAGCCCUGGGGCAGCAGCAGCAGCUUCGUGCCCUUUGUUCCCGAGCAUAUCAUCAAACCAGACCCUCCCGAAGGCGUCCGCCUGAGCCCCCUCCCUGGGCAGCGGCUGUGGGUGCAGUGGGAACCCCCCCGGUCCUGGCCGUUCCCAGAGAUCUUCUCACUCAAGUACUGGAUCCGAUACAAGCAUCACGGAUCCGCCCGCUUCCGCCAGGUGGGGCCUAUUGAAGCCACAUCCUUCACCCUCAGGGCUGUGAGGCCCCAAGCCAGGUACUGCAUCCAGGUGGCUGCUCAGGACCUCACCGACUAUGGGGAAGCAAGUGACUGGAGUCUCCCUGCUGCUGCCUCCAAGCCCAUGGGCAAAUAG